AUGUUCUGCACAGGGGGCGAUGGAGUCCAGAAGGGGGACUCGCUGCCGAUCAGGACCUGGUGGCGAAAGUGGAACAUACACAUCCAACCUGAGGGCUUCGUUCCGCUAAAUCAGCUGCCGCUGUCAUGGCAACAGACAACAGCAAACCAGCACGCUGUAACACAGACACGCACACAGCGACACACACACUUCUGCUCUUAUUCUCCAGUAAAGAUGCUGCACAAAGUCCGAGAUCAGGUCAAGAAACAUCCUGGACUCAUCCCGCAGUUUUUCUUCAUCUGUCUGGGAAUGGGUGGAGCGUUCCUGUAUCUGUUUCGUCUUGCCAGAGGACCUCAUGUCACCUGGAACAAAAGCAGUAACCCUGAACCCUGGAAUCAGCUCAGUCCCGGAUACCAGUACAAGUUUGUGGCCAUUAACACAGACUACAAAAACCUGAAGAAGGAAGGACCAGACUUCUGAAAGUCAGCGUCACGGCUGUUGGCUCAACUUUCAUCACCAGAUGCCCUUUACCUCACCAGUACAAAUACAGACAAUAAUACAAAUAAAUAAAAUAAAAGAAUGAGGAAAAUAA